AUUGUUUUCUAUUUCAAAACGGAACAACUCAGAGGGUAGAAAGGAAAACUCCCUAACUGCAGCUGAACACGAUUUCCGUCUUUAGUUUGUGGCCCAAACAGGAUACAGGAGCAUGACUGCUAGUUUCAAACUGAUACCACUUGGUUUCUUGGCUACGAAUGGACAACCACAUACUAGUCUGCUUCAUCCCAGACCCUCUGGAUAUCAGUUAAUGUGUUGCUUUCUGCGGCAAUUAUGUUUUUGAUCGUUGUUUUUCUACUGCAGUCGAGCUUCUCCGGCUUAUUUGGAGCUAAACACGAGACCCUGUGCACUGCAAGUGCCUGCUUCACCCUGCAUAUGGAUCAGCUGAGCUUUGAGGAGGCGCACAAGAAGUGUGUCCACAAUGGAGGUUCUUUGAUAACGGUCAGAAACAGAGAAGAUGAAGAAGUGGUGCGUUUACUUCUCUCAAAGAUUAUUGGACAUCAUCAGGACACCAUAGUUACAUUUUGGAUUGGACUCAAACUACCAGCGGGGAACUGUGUGUCGGCUCACAAGGCUCUGAGGGGCUUUAGGUGGGUGUCGGGGGCAGAGGAAUCUGAGUAUUCCAACUGGGAGAAGGAACCAGAGCUAACAUGCACAGCAGAUAGAUGUGUGAGGGUUAAUUUCAGAUUGUCAGGGCAGAAUCGACUAAAAUGGAUUACUGGAUCUUGCAAAAGUCUUAUUUUUUAUGCAUGUAAAUUUAGCUUCCGGGGAAUGUGUAAGCCUCUGGUUCUGAAGGGACCUGGAAAAAUAAACUACACGUUGCCUUUCUCAGAAGAGUCAGAAAGAAGUAAACUUAAAUCAUUCCCUAUUGGAACAUUUGCUGAUGUUUUAUGCAAUGACAAACAAGAGUCCUACUCCGUGUGCCAGGAGCUCGAUCAGUGGACCGUCCCUGGUCCGUUUUGCAGUGUAGAAAGACAAAAUUGCAGGGCGAACAACGGCGGUUGUCAGCACGGCUGCGACGAGAACGGAGGCGAGCCUCGAUGUUUCUGCCAUGAAGACUACGAGCUGGAGGAGGACGGUUUCUCCUGCAGGAUCAGAGACUUGUGCCACGCAGACACCUGCGAGCACCUGUGCGUCAUGAGCGAGUCCGGGUAUUUCUGCAAAUGCCCGCAUGGUUUCAAACUGGAGGAAAACCGGCGCAACUGCUCCGACGUCGACGAGUGUGAGUCGCAGGCGUGCGGGGAACACGUGUGCAAAAACACGCACGGCGGCUACACGUGUGUGUGUGGAGACGGCUACAAGUUGGCAGACGGGACAUGCAGUGACGUCAACGAGUGCGAGCAAUCCAGAUGCCAACACAGCUGCGUGAACAGUGACGGAUCCUUCUCCUGUCUCUGCGACGAAGGCUUCGCUUUAUCGCACGACGGCCGCUCGUGUGUGGAUAUAGAUGAGUGUGCAAGUCAUCGCUGUCCGCUCCAGUGCGUCAACACAGUCGGCGGCUUCACGUGCACAUCCACCGCUCCGUCGGACGAGCCUCCUGACCGCACAGAACCCUUCACCGAGUUCUCGCAGACAACCGGAGUCGAGAUUCAGCACCAGUCUCCGCGCACUCACGCGCCUUCUCUCGACCCCGUCAACGUUACGCACGGCAACCAGCGGAGCGGCGCGUCCGUACCUUCAACCAGCGCCGGCAACUUCAGUUCCAAAGUGAUCGUCUGCGUGCUCGGUUCCGUCGUCCCCCUCCUCGUGCUGAUCUUAGUGACUGUGGCCAUUGCAGUUUUUCGAUGCAGUCGCUCCAAAAAGGAAGCUAAGAAAAACGCGACGACGGACGGUUACUGCUGGGUGUCCUCGGGCUUGGAUCCCCGCCUGGAGAAACUGUACGAAUCCAUUGUGACUGAUGACCCAUAG